AUGGCUCAAAGAGACCCUAUGUUCAACCAGCAGGUCCUCGUGGACACCACGCCCAUGCCGGACCACAUCCCCAAGGUAGAAGAGGUUGGCGCUACAUCGGCUCCCCUUUUUAGCGCGGCAUACUUCAUUGGUGACCGGUGCAAGACCUUCAAUGACGAUUACAUGAAGUGCAAGGAAGAAGCGAACGGUCGCGGCGAGAUUGAGUGCUUGAAGGAGGGUCGCAAGGUUACCCGUUGCGCUGCUAGUGUUAUCAAGGAUAUCAACACCCACUGCUUGAGCCAGUUCAAGGCUCACUGGGAUUGUCUCGAGAACAACAACCACUACCUUUUCGAGUGCCGCAAGCCCGAGCAGGACCUCAACAGCUGUGUUUUCGAGAAAUUGGGCCUGAAGAAGACCAUCCCCGGUGCUCCCGAACACGAGGUCCCAGUGCACCAGCGCCCUAAACAGAAGUACGCCCAGUUCCCUGGCCGACAGUUCUAA